GGCGGGGUGGGGGGCCGGGUCUUAGGGAACAGCGGAUGUGGGAGCAUCAGAUCAGGUGUCAGGAUCCAGGAAAUGGUCAGGAGGCAACCGGGAGGAGGCCGCACAGGGGCUGGCGUCCUCAGUUGGUGAGCACCGUACCCCCGCCGGCCAUGCCUGAGAGCCACGGUGGGGGCUUCUCCAUCCUGGUAUGGGGUGGGGACAGGCCGGAGGAGAGGCUGCUGGGUGUGGGCAGCCAGCAAGCUGGAAGGGAGAGUGUGGCUCAGGCGCCCGUGGCUGCUGACGGCGUGGGGGUGGGCGUCCACUGUGUCCCACGAACCUCGGUCUUGGUUAGAGAGACAGCUUUUCUGAGAUGGACCCGGGGGCCACGUGCUGGGGCCAGGGGUCCCCUAGGGCCCACGGGGGCCUGGCCUGUGGGGUUCCCAGAAGUCAGCACCAAGUGUCCACCGUCACCCUGACCCUAGUGUGUCCACAGAAAGACAGGAGGUCGGCACGAGUCAGAGGCGGCUUUAUUAGGACUCAGAGGUGAUGUCACUGCUGGGGUGGGGCCAGGUCUGCUGGGGGACAAGGAACACCCCAGAGCUCAUGGGGCUGGUGCCGCUGGGUGCCCUUGUGCAACUGGGGUCAGGGCAGAUGUGGUGAGCAUCCCAGGUCCCUGAAUAAGCGGCCAGGCCAGGAGGAGGGGCUCGCCUUCCCCUGGCGCUUGUGCCAGCCACAGGGGGCACAGCUGGCUUGAGGUCAGCGUCCUGCCCGGAGAGGACCCUGGGUGAUGUCUAGGAAGGCUCAGCAGCAGGACUGGCCUGAGGCGGGGCCACAGCAGGCAGGGCGGGGGCACGCGGGGCGGCAGAGCAGGGACACGCAGGAGGCUGGGCGGCAGCAGGAGGAGGCAGGGGUGCAGCAGACGGGCUUGCACACGGGGCGGCAGAGCAGGGACACGCAGGAGGAGGGUCUGCAGCAGGGCCUGGGCUGGCAGCAGGAGGGGGCUGAGCAGGGGGAGUCCUCGCAGCACACAGGGGUGCAGGAAAAGAGCUUGCAGCAGACAGGGGUGCAGCAGACGGGCUUGCAGCACGCAGGGGUGCAGCAGUCUUCCUGGCAGGGGGAGGAGGGGCCGCACAGGAGGGUCAGGCAGGGGGCCGGGGCGCAGCACGGGGGCUCGCAGCAGCUCUCCUGGCAACUGUCCACCUGCCAGGAGGAUCCAGUGCAAGCACUGGGUGAGCAGACGCGGCUCAGGUCGCUGGAGCAGACGGACAGGGUGGACGCGGCAAUAACACAAGUCCUAGAGCAGCAGGGGUCAGCCAUGCUGGAGUUUUGUGCUGGGAGCCGAGCUGGACGGGGGUGUGUGUGGCAGGUGCGAGGGCGAGGUGCUCCGGGCCAAGGGCUUUUAUAUCCCUCCCUGGGGUGCUGUGCGUCGCCGGAGUCUCGACCGGACUUCCUUUUCCUUGUUAUUGCCGGCGUGUCUGCUGACGAUGCUGAUUGGUUUACCUCCUGCGAGAUGUUUGCGGCACCAUCUCCAAGACCCUGCGUGUGUCUGGUGGUGGCUCGUGUCCGGAAAGCAAAGCCUGGGAUGCAGAGUUUCCGUUGGUGGAGAGGCCGGUGGUUGGGUGUGUCCACUCCAUUUUUGCUUGUGUGUCUUUGGUGUGAAUUCCGGUCUCUGCAGGUGCUCCGCACGUGGCCCAGACCCUCCUCGCUGAACGAGGCUGUGUUGGCCGCAGGGGUGUCCCCUUGCCGGCUCCGCCUGCAGACUCGGGCAGGUGCGCCCAGCCCUGCCGAGUGCGUGCGACUCCCGUGGUCCGUUCCAGACCCUGUUCUUAAUUCCCUGCUUAUCUCACAGUUACCAAACGAUGUGCGUUAUUCUGUUCUCUCCCGAGUUUGCAGUUUCAUUAUUUUCUUUUAAUUUUUGACUUUUUUCCAGUUUUUAUGUUUAUCACCUGGUGCUCAUCGCAAGUGCCCUCCUUGAUCCCCAUCAC